AUGGCAUUGAAUAUCAAACAGUUCAUUAACUUUGGUGGCAUCGCGCGAGACUUGAAAAGUUUCAAUUUCAGCGUUUAUGGACAGUGGUUUGGAUUUAUAAACAUUCUGCUAUGCAUAGCACUAGGCAUUGCAAACUUGUUCCAUGUAAGUGCGGUCAUUAUUUUUGGAAUCAUCAGCAUACUUCAAGGCUUGGUAAUAUUAUUUAUCGAAAUACCCUUUUUGUUGAAGAUUUGUCCUCUAAGUGACAAUUUCAUUGAAUUUAUCAAACGCUUUGCUACCAACGGGAAGAGAUCUUUGUUCUAUAUUGCAAUGGCUGCGAUACAGUUCUGUUCCAUACCGGUGAUGCUCACCAGCCUGGUAGUUGUGGGAGCAGGGCUCACCAUUUCAUCGUUGAGUUAUGGGGUGGCAUUUUUCAAACAUCAGCAAUUCCAGAAUUCCAGUAUCAUCAAAAGCCCGGCGGACGACGAUUUCCCACACGAAGCCGUGGUGCGCGAAAUGUUGUGA